GAUCUAAUCAGAAAUGUGUCCGUAAAGGUGAGAAUUCUGGUGGGUUCUGUAAGGCAUAUGUCUUGGCGUCGUUUCAGCGUGCUUGCGAUGUAAGCGUGUUCGCAGUGAUUGUUCGCUUGCAUACUGCCUAGUUGAGAGUCUUGCUUUUUUGCGCCCGUACCUGUCAUUUUGUCUCCCAAAGUUUUUCGAAUCGGAAUCACUUCUUCACCGUGAAACUACCAUUGAACUUGUUGCCAAAAUAUUAUCUUAUUAUUCCACAAAACUAUGGAUGAUUUUGAUGGUGCAAAAACGUGUCCAGACGAUUUGUUGUUGUUGCAUGUCCUUUUCCAUUUUAACUUUGACAUGUUGACCUUUGUGCGCGAAGCGGCACGCUUUGUGCACCAAAAUGACCCCUCGUUUAGCAGAGAUGGGAGCAUCCGAGACCCUGCAUUUACUGCCGGCCACCCCCUCAUGUUUUGCCCUGUGUCUAUCUGCUUCCGCUGGGUCAUAACUUGGAUAUUCGGGGCUGGUUUCUGAUGCCAAAACUGGCAAGAUAUCGAAUCAGGCUAGUCAUGCUAGCGUAUGGUCUCCACACAUGGAAGGGUUGUUGCUGUCCGCGGGAAAAAGGAACUUGUGGUCUUUGGAACCCCAACCAUUGGCCAUCUCACCAUCUAGUAAGGUGAAGACAUCAAGUUUUCAGUUGACAUGGAGAGCGCCCAGGUUACUCAAGAGGUAGAAGAGGAACCAGUCAUGGAGGUUGUAGAACACCAGAUGAUACAGGAAACAGUUGCUGAGGAGAUCCCACAUGAGAAUCAGCUUCAAGAUGUCAUGUACAUGGAACAGGUACCACAGACCAGCAGCCAAGAAGUGCAGCAUGUGAUUGAACAGGUUUCUCAGGCAAACCAAAUACAAGAAGUACAGGAAGUUCAACAGGUGUCUCCACAAUUUGUUCAGCAUAUUGUACAACAGAUGCCACCUGGCACAGUUCAACAGGUUGUUAAGAUGCCCAGUCAUGUGGUGGCCCAAGGCCAAACAGUCAGCCAGUUGUCAGGCCAACCAGUACAGAUUGACACAUACAAGGUACAGCAAGUACAAAUCAAUCAACGUACAGUGGAGCAGCUGGUGAAGGUAGACCCACAAGCUACCAUUGAUGAAAUGGCUCUCAAGACAAUGGGGGUGGACCGUAAAACACCACAACGCCCUAUUGAACCAUGCAUGGUGUGUGGCGACAAUGCAUCAGGUCGCCAUUACGGGGCCAUAAGCUGUGAAGGCUGUAAAGGCUUCUUCAAGCGCAGCAUCCGCAAGACGCUAUGCUACACUUGCCGUGGAAACAAGGACUGUCCAAUCAAUAAGCAUCAUCGCAACAGGUGCCAGUACUGUCGGUUGCAGAAGUGCCUACUGGUGGGAAUGAAAUCAGAAUUAGUGCAGUGUGAACGGACACCACUUAAGGCUCGAGGAGAGAAGUCACCAGGAAAUUGUGCUGCAUCCACUGAGAAAAUCUACAUACGGAAGGAUAUCAGAAGCCCUCUGGCAGCUACACCCACAUUCAUUACAACUACAGAUAGGAGUCCAACCUAUCCCAUGCAAAAGACUAAGCUCUUUGAGGAAGGCCUCUUGCUGAAUGUACAAACCCCCACUGUAGUCUCGCAGGCAUCUACUGACACCACCACAGACCUUAGCACCUUGGCUAGUGUAGUCACGUCAUUGGCAAACAUGAACAAAGCUGGUGAGGCUGGACAGGCAGGGGAUGGACAGAUGAUGGUAUCAAAUGGAGAGACAUCAGCUCAGCAGGGUCUGAGCCAACUCAACCAGACACCCAACCAGAUCUCAAAAGCCUUUGACACUCUUGCCAAAGCACUUGCUCCAGGAGGAGAAGGAGGUGAUGGAAACUCAGCACUUGAAAUCAGCAGUCUGUCGGAACAAACUAAUGGCGGCAACAAUCAAAGUGGUUCCCAUGAGCAACAAUUCAUCAAGCUUGAAGGCAACAUGUUGAAUGAGAGUCACAUGCAGUUCAAGCUGACCACCCCUUCUCCUAUGCCACAGUUCCUUAAUGUUCAUUACAUCUGUGAAUCAGCAUCACGACUCCUGUUCCUCUCUAUGCACUGGGCAAGAAACAUCCAAGCCUUUCAAUUACUGGGCCCUGAGUCCAAUGUAACCAUGGUCCAGAAGUGUUGGAGUGAGCUUUUUACUCUGGGUUUGGCCCAAUGUUCCCAGACAAUGGCUCUCUCCACUAUCCUUACUGCAAUUGUCAACCACCUUCAAACCAGCCUGCAGCAAGGUACCGCUGCCAAUUUGUGUGCCGUGCCCCUUGAGCAAGACAAGCUAUCAGCUGACAGGGUCAAAGCAGUCAUGGAGCACAUUUGGAAGCUUCAGGAGUUUGUUUCCGUGACCACUAAGUUACAAGUUGAUGCAUCCGAGUUCGCCUACCUCAAGGCUGCUGUCCUCUUCAGUCCAGAUCAUCCAGGCCUUGUCAACCCUCGACAGAUUGAGAAAUUCCAGGACAAAGCCAUCAGUGAGCUUCGGGAGUAUGAGGCCAAGACCUACCCCAGUGACCCAGAUCGCUAUGGCAAGCUCUUGCUUAGGCUUCCAGCCCUUCGACUCCUCAAUCCAGGCAUCAUGGAGGAGCUUUUCUUUGCUGGGCUGAUUGGUAAUGUUCAGAUUGAUAGCAUCAUCCCAUACAUCCUGAGGAUGGAGACAACAGAUUACAAUGCCCAGAUCACAAUAGCCACCAGCUCUGGACAGUGAAAGGGAAUGCUUCACUUGCAGAUGGUGUAAUGAUGGACCACACUGUUUGAGAAUUCUUCUGUUUUACAUGACAGUCAUUUUAAGGUUCUCUCCUGCUCCAAACCACAAGAAUGUCUUAAGUCUCCCCAAAAUAUGUGGGCUUAUGGGUGAUGCAUGACUGAUAUCAUCCAGCCUUUGUCAUCAGCCAUGUUGGAUUAUCCAAUAUUGGAGGGGAAAAGCCCACAUGGAUAAUUCGUACAAAUUAAUAAAAAAUUGUACAUAAAUUGAAUAAACAUUUCUUGUUUCAAAGUGUUUUAUUGGUAUGGCAUUGAGGGGCAACAAAACAAUCAUGAAGUAAUUUUUUCAUAGCAGAAUUUAAAAUAAGUUAAAAGACUUGCAACAUUCACAGCCAACAUGCAUCCCAAAACAGUUUUGGCAAAUGUUAAAUGUCAGUGAAUCAUUUUGAGUGUUUGGCUCCAACAGUUAGAUUUGAUAUUUAACAACCUUGAAAGAUUGUGCAUUUUGGUUUGUGUUUUGGAUUCAGGGGUAUAUGGGGGGUUGAAUUUUUACAACAUUGCAAGAAUUCAUACAGGUCAUUACACUCAAAAGCUGCACUAUUUAGCUAAAUCCUAUGGAAAGAGGAUCAAACUAUUUUAUUGUACAUAGAACAUCUUUUUGUUCUGUUGCUGUAUAUAAAGCUGGUGAGAUGUAAACAAUAGUGCUAUAGGACCUUCUUUACUUGGCCUAAAUUCUGUCUUCACCACAGAAAGGGGAUGCCUUUUUAAAUCUUUAAGACUUGUACAGUACAUGUUAAAGAUGGCAUUCUAGGAAAGAGGUAGAUUACAAUUUUUUUCAUUUGCUUUUAACUGUGGACAUCAAAUGUGCGCAUUUUUAAACACUAAAACGCUGCAAAUUGAUUAAUAGUAUCCAGCUGCAUUUGUCUUGUAAAAAAUAAACAUGGGUGUUACUUGUAGCAUAUGUGUUAUAUAGGUUUCAAGUUGUGUAGGUAGAUUGCAAGUUGUUGGUCCUUGCCAACUAUGUGACCUGAUUAAAGUAAUUUUAAGUCGACAACACUUUUCCUCAGAUUCAGGGAUCCAAUACCAGAUGUUGUCAACCUUUCUCAUGCCUUUAGAGUAUUCUCAAAUGUAUCCAACACACAACUUAACUCCAGUGCUUGGGCAAAUUAAGAUUUGGCAAUUUGUUUUAUUUGGCAAAUUAAGACUUAGCAAUUUGUUUUAUUUUUUCCUAACAUACAGGACACACGCCCUUCAGAACCUGUGAAAAUGGCAAUUGGUCAUCAUCUUUUGUACCCUUUUGGGACAGGGAUAGGGUUUGAGGAAGAGUGCCUUGUACACUUUAUUAGGAAAGAGGUCAAAACAGAUGAGUGAUGUCUUAAAUUUAAACUGAUUCAUGCCAUCUUCUCUGCAACCUCUGCAGCAACAGAGUGGAAUUUAUUUACCUUAGUUGUAUGUACAGUCAAGGGAAAUAACUUGUUACUGUCUGAAAAUGUCCAUUUUAUUUAUACUCUGCCAACUUUCCAGUGGUACUGGGAUCUUCAGGCUGUUACUGGAUAGUCUUGAUUUGCACAGUGUUCAAAUGGUUAGCUACACGGCAUUGUUCAGAUUUUUAGCAGUGAGCAAUGCCCACUGGGUAGCAUUAAGUGAACUUUUCAUUUGGUAUACACAUUCAUGUUAACAUGUACUUAUUUUGCCUGUUUAAAGUUUGUGUGUAACUUUAUUUUGCAUGUUAAUAACCAGCAGACAUUCUGGUUACAGCAUGUGUAAAGUUUUACUGCAGACUUGUUCUAAAUACUUCUGACCACAAUUCCUUUCUCCACCAUUUGACAAGACACGUUUUUUUUUUUUCAGUUUUGUUUUGAUUUCAGAGUUGCCUUGCAAUUUUGGUGAUGACACAGAUAAUUUCAAUGAACUUUGCUGAGUUGCAUGUCGCUCAUAACAUACAUCACAAAUACUGUUUAUACUAUAUCACAAAUUAAACUGUUCCUGCUUGUUUUAUCAUGUGUAACACAAGUUUGCUUUUAACUUAUAUAUGUUAACUUCCCUCAUGAACAAUUCUUGUGUUAUUUCUGCAACCACAGUUAAUAAAACCUUAACCCUAACACUCCUCAAUCCUUCACCUGUUGGAGGACUGAGGAGUGUUAGGGUUAAUGCACAGGAAAAAUGUGGUUUAUACUCAGAAAUGUCAUAGGUAAACUAAAAGCUUUCCCCACCUCAUUAAUCAGAAUUGCAUGCAUGCUACAUAUUCUUUUUUGUUCAUAUCAAUUAGGGGGAUUAACAUAAACAGUCAAAAGACAAACCUGCUGUACUCUGCAGAAUUUAUCAAGAGUGACAAAGGUUUGACUGUUUAUACUGCAUUAGCAAAACCAAACAGGCAUCAGUUUUGGAUCAUUAUGUAAAAUGUGGAUUAAGAUUGUUUUUAAAGUGAAUGUUGCUCUUGAGAAAUGUGAAGAAUGUGUUGUGAAACUUAUAAUUAAAGUGCUCAAAAUGCAUGGCUAUAUGGUUUAUUGGGAAAGUUGACAACAGUUUGUGUUGGGGGAUGUUUCAUUGGAUACAAGGUCCACAACUGCAGUGUUUUCAGUAUAAUGAACUGAGAAUAGGUUUUGUUUGCGUAUAUUUAAACCCAUACAACUGGUGGUAUUGUUGGUAACAAACAUCAAUGAAUUAACCAUUUUUAUGUAACAAAAAUCUUCAAAUUUUAAUUGUAUUUUUAUUUUAGUUUACCAGUUUGGAUAUUCCGAAAUAUGUGCACAAUCACAGUUGUCAAGGAGAGCACUAACCAGAAUUUAGUUUGAAUGUAAAUGUGACUCAUGUACCUUUGUGCUAAGCACACCAUCCAGGAUGUCAACUUUGUACAUUUUUCUAGCCCACUGUACAAGCUUAUCUCUGUACACCUAUAUCAGUAUGUAUAUACAUGUGCGUGUCAUGAAAUCACUACAGGUGAAUGCUACCAGGUUUCUGAUGUGAUUAAAUAUAAAAAUUAUUGCAUAGUCAGCUGCCAAACAA